UGUGUGUUCUCCCUUUCAUGUGAUUUUUUUUUUUUUCUUACGGUUUAUUUUUUAUUUUUUGACGGGUGCAAAAUGCGGAUGGAAAUCCAGCCGACUUUGAAAGCCCUAAUCAAAACAUCUUUUAUGUUGCGCAAGGAAAUUGAUAAUGUUUAAUAAUAACGGAAUGUUUUUUCUUCUUCGAUUCAAACAGAUGGCCGACAUUCGACUGGAAAUGCAACUCUCCCACAAGAUGCUGGCCAUGGCCGACAGCGAGCACGAAGAGCCCGUUGUCAACAUGCUCAAGACCAAGAAGAACCAGCGGAGGAGGACCCGAUCCGUCAUCGACGACAUCCAGCAAACGGACGAGGAGAUGAACCGACUGUCGACGAUGGCCACCACGGCGACGGACACAUCGGUCCAGUCCCGCCAGCACCACCGGAUCCGCCACCACCGCAGCGAGCUCAAACACCAAGUUCACACGCUGAGGAAGAUGGUCAAGACCCUGGCCGGCGAACAGCACGACCUACAGAAGCAGAUGGUCCUGCUGAGCCAAUUGAGGACCACCGCCGAGUCCAACGUCCACAAAAUGGAAACGGAACUGAGGGCCGUCUUGAAACGGCUCGAGUCGCAGCCGUCCAGCAACGUCCACUGCGCCGGCAGCAACGCGGAAGACGUGGCCGAAAUCAGCGCCCAGAACAAGAAGCUGGCCGAGAGCGUCGACCGGCUGACACUGAAAGUUUCCGGCGUCGAUCAGGUCCAGUCGUCGACGCUUCAGCUCUUUGAAGCGAUGGAGCGACUGGAGGAGCGCUACGACGACAACAUUGGCGAACUCCAGCGCGAAGUGGCCAAACUCGAGUACAACGACGGCCAGCUGACGUCCACCGUCCACACGCUCAAGGAGGAUCAGGGCGAGCAGUCGGAGCUGGUCAAGUCGAUGAGGGCGACGACGACUCUGCUGCAGGAGCAGGUCCAGGCCGAUCAGAUCCGCUCGGCUCUUUUGCUGACCAAACUCACCAACAACACGCUGGCCAUGAUGAAUCAGAGCCACGGCCAGCAGGUCCAGAACUGGAGAUUCGCCCAGAUUGAGCAGUCCAUCCAGUCUGCCCAGUCGAUCGAUUCGCUCAAGCAAAGCCUGGCCCAUCUGGAACACGAGUACAACAAUCUCGCCCACAAUUUGCCUCACGAUUGCCGCGACGUGUCGUCAACGGGCGUCAAUUACAUUCUCCCGCGUGAGUCCAGUGAAGUCGUCAAAGUUUACUGCGACCAGGAGACUUCCGGCGGCGGAUGGACCGUCAUCCAGCGCCGGUCGGACGGCAAAGAGGAUUUCAACCGCAACUGGGCCGCCUACAAGACGGGUUUCGGCUCUGUGAUGGGCGAAUUCUGGCUGGGCAACGACAACCUCCACCGUCUGACGGAGGACAACACGACGAUGCUGCGGGUGGACCUGUGGGACAUUUACGGCCAGUACUGGUGGGCCGAGUACGACAGCUUCGUGGUGGGCAGCGAGAACGAGGGCUACUCUGUCCAGUUCCACGGCUACACGGGCAACGCCUCGGACGCAAUGGCCUCCUACCACCAGUCGAUGAAGUUCAGCACGCGGGACAACGACCAGGACCUGAGCAACACCAACUGCGCCGACAGCUACCAGGGCGGCUGGUGGUACUCGCACUGUCAGCACGUCAACAUCAACGGCAAGUACGCCCUGGGAUUGACGUGGUACGACAGCCUGGAGAACGAGUGGAUCGCCCUGGCCAAAGUCGAGAUGAAGGUGCGGGACAAGCGAAUUUUCAACCAACCAGCAACGACGACGGCGGCGGCCAGCGUCGACUCGACGCCGUCGGUUCAUUGAGCUGGAUGAAAAGAAAUCAAAUAGAAAGAACGACCCUCAAUCUCAUCCGUGAAGUGCCCCACGCCAUUCGUGCGAAACAUCUCGGACCGAGGCCUAGUCCAAGUUGAUCCUGUCGUGCACUUCAUCAUCAUCUCGCCCACCCACACACACACACACACACAAAAGGAGACACACACACACAGUCGUGUGUGUGUGUGUAUAAAUGAACUUAUUGUAUCCAUAUUUUAUGAUUCCCACUCGUUUUUCUCAGUUGUCAGUCCCACACCCCUACCCCCAGCUGUUUCAUCAUCGCCUGACGCCAACGGAUUUGGCGCACAAAGAAAAACAUUCAGAAUAUCACCGAAGAUCUGGCGGAUGAUUUGGUAUCGUUUCAAAAGAAUUGGAUUGCGUUACUAUGUGUACAUGUAUAACCCUAGUCUAUAUAUAUGUGUUGGUUGGGAACGAAAAAUAAGGGCGUCGGCGUCCGAUUUGUGUGUUGCGUUCGGGCCAAAAACAAAAUUUCUGUUUCUCAAUGUGUGCGUGUAUCUAUACUAACGUGUUCUUAGAGCUGCCCGCCUGAAGGAAAAAGAAGAAACAACCAUUCAAAGAUUUUGUCCUCGAUUUGAAUUUGGCCAUCUUCCCGCCGUUUUUUUUUUUUUUUAAAUUAUUUUUAUUGGCUGUGUUUUGUUCUUUUUUUCAAUUCAAAAUUCCCGCCCUGGAAUUAUUUUCAUGACCCUCCUUCAAAAUAAUAAUAUUUCAGUGUGCAUAACACAUAUCAAAUUAUAUACAUUUACGAAAGGAAAGGAGAGAAGGAAGGAGGACGAUGUUUGUGUUUUCGUUGGGUAGAUUGCGUGUGUGUGACGGUGUGUGUCACCAUGAUUAUAUAUAUACAUAUAUACAUGUUCAUAAUUCUCUCUUGAUUUCCCCUGGCUGGCAUUUUGGCGUGCUGCUUUCACAGGACACGGCAGGGCCCUGUAGCGCGUGUGUCUAUUAUAUACAUAUAUAUUCUCUUUGAUCGCCAUUGAUGAUGAAAAGAAAACAAAAACAUUAAAACAAACAAACUUAAAAAAAAAAAAAAAAAAUCCAACCUGAGUUUUUUUGGGAUGGCAAAAACUGACAAAAAUCGAAUGAAAUGAAAAUAUAC